AUGGACGUGAAAGUAGAGUUCCAUGUACGCUUCCUUUUUGUCUUGCUUCUAUCAUUGUCUCUUCGCCAUGCAGUUCGUGCAGAAACUAUGAAUUCAACCAGGAAUAUCAGAGAUGGCGAGGUGAUUGUUUCAGAUGAUGGAAGUUUUAAACUUGGUUUCUUUAGUCCAAGGAAUUCUACUUACAGAUAUUUUGGGAUAUGGUUUGGCGAUGUCGAAGAGCAGACUGCUGUUUGGGUGGCAAAUAGGGAAGAUCCCGUGAAGUACUUCUCAGGAAUUUUCAGGAUAUGGGAAGAUGGAAACUUGGUGGUUCUUGAUGGUAAUUCGAACAUACAUUGGUCAUCAAAUGCUACAUUUACAACGAACACUUCAGUUUUUGAGCUCCUGAAGACUGGAAAUCUAGUACUGAGAAAUGGAAGUGAAAGUGAUAGUGAUGAUAAUAUUUUGUGGCAAAGCUUUGAUCAUCCCACUGACAAUUUCCUAGCUGAUAUGAAAUUUGGAUUGAAUUUGAUGACGGGUGAGAACCAGCUCCUUACAGAUUGGAGGAGUGACAAUAAUCCAGCUCCUGGAAAGUUCUCACUAGGUUUUGAUCCCAGUGGAAUUGCGCAGAUUAUAAUAUGGAACCGUUCCACUACGUAUUGGAGAAGUGGGAUUUGGAAUGGGCAGACAUUUUCAGGUGUACCGGAAAUGACAUCUUUUCAUCUUUAUAACUUCAACAUUAUUAAAGAUAAUGAUAACGGGAAGUUAUACAGUACAUAUUCUAGCGUAAAUGUGUCUGCCCCUUCAAGGUUUGUGUUGAGUUCCUCUGGGAAGCUGGAGAGAUCAUACUGGAGAAAUGAGACGAACUCAUGGGACAUUGUUUGGUCACAACCGAACAAUGAAUGCCAAUUGUAUGGGAAAUGUGGUCCAAAUGGGAGCUGUAAUUGGAAAAAGAGUCCUGAUAUUUGCAGCUGCUUAAAAGGGUUUGAGCCUAAUUCUGCUGAGGAAUGGAAACUAGGAAAUUGGAGUGGUGGGUGUGUGAGGAAAAGAGCAUUGGAAUGCGAGGACGGAAGCACUACAGAUGGCUUUUUAAAGUUAUCUAAUGUGAAGUUGCCGGAUAGAUCUAUAUUGGAGGUUGCUCAGGAAACAAAUGAAUGUGAAGACAUGUGCAGAAAAAACUGCAGUUGUAUUGCUUUUGCAUAUGAGAGAGGAUUGGGUUGCUUGACAUGGCGGGACAGUUUGCAGGAUAUUCAGAUAUUUGACGAGGGCGGACAGGACUUGUACUUGCGUCUUUCCAAGUCCGAUUUGAAAGGUACUAAAAAAGGCCACAAACAUGGGGACUUGCAGUUGCCGCAGUGGGAAACUCCCAUGAAUUCAAACAGGCAUUUGUUAGACAAGUUUGAUGAUGCUCUUGUCAGUCCAAAAAAUCCAGGAAAAGGACCAGACUUACCAAUAUUUGCCUUGGGUGUUGUGAGAACUGCCACGGAUGAUUUCUCAUUCGCAAAUAAGCUUGGAGAAGGAGGGUUUGGUCCUGUUUACAAGGGAAAGUUGCCAAGUGGACAGGAGAUUGCUGUGAAAAGACUCUCUAAAGGUUCAGGACAAGGGCUGCAAGAGUUCGAAAACGAAGUCAUUCUUAUUGCAAAACUACAGCAUAGAAAUCUUGUCAGACUUUUGGGUUGCUGCAUUCAAGGAGAUGAGAAACUUCUGUUAUACGAGUACAUGCCCAACAAAAGCCUGGAUUCAUUUCUUUUUGAUUCUACAAAAGGAGAAAAAUUAGACUGGAAAAACCGGUUUGACAUCAUUGAAGGGAUAGCUCGUGGACUUCUUUAUCUUCAUCGAGAUUCUCGAUUAAGAAUUAUACAUCGCGACCUAAAAGCUAGCAAUAUUUUACUAGAUGCAGAGAUGAAUCCGAAAAUCUCAGACUUCGGCAUGGCAAGAAUAUUCGGAGGAAAAGAAAACCAGGAAAAUACUAGGAGAGUGGUUGGCACCUACGGCUAUAUGUCCCCAGAGUAUGCCAUGGAAGGUUUCUUUUCAGUUAAAUCAGACGUCUUCAGCUUCGGAGUUUUGUUGCUUGAGAUUGUGAGUGGCAAAAGAAAUGCUGGAUUCUGCCUCCUGGACCAGAAUGUAAACCUUCUGGGACAUGCUUGGGAACUAUGGAAGGAAGACAGAAUGCUUGAAUUGCUGGAUAAACCUUUACAGAGUUCACAUGUGGAAAACGAAGUUCACAGAUGCAUACAAGUGGGUUUGCUUUGUGUUCAGGAUAAUGCAGCAGACCGACCCACCAUGGACUCUGUUGUGUUCAUGUUGGGCAACGAAUCAGCCGUAAUUCCAUCACCGCAGAAACCGACAUUUUCAUUAACAAGAACUCCAAGAGAAUCAGAUGUCUGUGGAAGUAGCUCUGGACAUUGUUCUGCAAAUGGGGCAUCGGCAAAUGUUCUGCCUUUAGGCUUCAGCAAGUCCUCUGAUCAGUACACAACUAUUGUGGAAUUUUAA